CAACCCUUUAAACAGCCCUUGUUGCCUGUUAUCAAGCGAACUCUUUGCUCUGAGUGCCAGAAUUGAUUGUGGUAAGCUCUCUUUGAGAAAUUAAAAAAAAAAAUGGAACACAAUAGGUCUGCUUCAAAUGCUGAUAAGAUCCACCAGAACCGCCUGUCCAGUGUGACAGAAGAUGACCAAGAUGCCGCUCUUACCAUCGUGACCGUGCUGGACAAAGUCGCCACCAUCGUGGACAAUGUGCAGGCGAGCCAGAAGAGAAUAGAAGAGAGACACAGGGGAAUGGAGAACGCCAUCAAGUCCGUCCAGAUCGACCUGCUGAAGUUUUCACAGUCGCACACCAAUACGGGCUACAUCAUCAACAAGUUGUUUGAGAAAACCCGGAAGGUCAGCGCUCACAUUAAAGACGUGAAGGCCCGGGUGGAGAAGCAACAAGUCCACGUUACAAAAGUGGAAACUAAGCAAGAGGAAAUAAUGAAGAAAAACAAAUUCCGUGUGGUCAUAUUCCAGGAGGACGUCCAGUGUCCAACCUCCCUGUCUGUCGUUAAAGACAAAACCCUGACCGACAAUCAAGAGGAAGACACUGAAGACAUCUUCGACCCCCCAGUAGAUCUGUCUUCUGAUGAAGAAUAUUACAUUGAAGAAAGCAAAUCCACCAAGCUUAAAAAGUCAGGCAAGGAACACAUUGACAAUAUCAAGAAGGCGUUUUCCAAAGAAAACAUGCAGAGGACGCGGCAGAACAUUGACACGAAGGUCAACAGAAUUAGAACUAGAAUAGUGACCCCGGAGAGGAGAGAGAGGCUGCGGCAGUCGGGGGAGAGGCUGAGACAGUCGGGGGAGAGGCUGAAGCAGUCGGGGGAGAGGCUGAAGCAGUCGGGGGAAAGAUUUAAGAAAUCUAUUUCUAACGCAGCUCCCUCCAAGGAAGCUUUUAAGAUACGUAGCCUUCGGAAAGCUAAAGGUCGAACGGGGACUGAAGGUCCCGAAGAGGUCAGGGAGAUGGGCGUGGACAUCAUUGCCAGGGGCGCGUCUCUGGGCCCCGGCGGGGAGCUAUACACUGAGGAGCUCAGUGAAACAGACCGAGAGGAGGCCGGGGUGGGGGGUCCUGCCCACGACGGAGGGGAAAUGCCGACCCCCGAGCCUUUAAAAGUUACCUUUAAACCCCAGGUGCAAGUAGAGGAUGACGAGUCUCUGUUGCUAGAUUUAAAGCAGUCUUCCUAAAGAGGAAUUAAGUUUAAGUAUAAGUCACCUUAAUCUUUCAGUGCCAGUUUAAUUAGUAUAGUCACUUAACGUUUAACAGGCUAUUUAGGGAAAAAUAAAUGUUAUGAUUUUUAUUUUUUAUGUUUAAAAUCUUAAAGGUAAUACAAAUAUUAUGCGCAUUUCCCAGGCACUUCCUUGGGGGUUCUUUCAUUUUUCCCUGGGCUUCUGAGGUUCUAGCAGCUUCUCCUGCUGCUCUCACAGCAGCUGCAGAUUUUUAAGUGCCUUUCUCUUGCGCACCAGAGAAAGAGGUUCCUCGAGAGGGUCGGUGAGGUUGUUCCAUAGUUUAAAACAAGUGGAGGGCCAGUUUGUGGCCACUGUCUGCAAGUGAUCUCUCAGUUUUGGUCUAGAUUUGAUGUGGUGGCCAGUUUCCAAGGGGAUCAUCUCACCCAUAUGUGCACAUCAACAGUUUUCUUAGUAAAUUAGUGGUCACACAUCUUUUUGAUGCUUCUGCCUAAGAAAUUGAAGUUCUGGACUCGAGCACGUGGUUCUGGCAUCACAGCUGUACUUCAGUGAGCACUUGGCACCGGCUCACACGCUCAUCAGUGAAGGAGAGGGUUUGCCUGUGUAGCCCAACUCUGAGAACGGGCGUGAAGGUCAAAGGGAACGGUGCACAUUCUGGGGGAACAAGAAACACAGUGGGGGAAUGAGCCCCACCGAUUCCUCAAAAAACAAAUCGAAUUAAUUACACCUCCCGAAAAAGCCCUGAGCACCAAGUGAUGAGGAUAUGGCUUGGACACAUGCCAGCGCUGGCCUUCUGAAGCCUUUUCACAGAAUCAGGAAUGAAAAAUAAGUGUUUGGGUGACAUCUUUUUUUUUCUUUUUAAAUCAAAGACUGAAACGCAACCUUGGGUUUGAGUUGGCUUUUAGAAGUUCCCUUGAAAAGUCUUUUUCCCGACUUUCCUUUGACUGGGUCUGUGGGGGAGGGACUGCAGCAGCAUGUGUCUGAGCAGCGUGAAGCGCAAGCCCGUGGCCGUGUCUUGAGCAGCCCUCUCUGCAGUCAGCCCUGCCGGGGUGGGUUCGGGAUUGGCCUCAGAUGUUUCUGUUUUACAGCGUGAGCCCCGCGGGGUGCGUCUGUCCAAACCAGUGUUCACAGGGGUUCACACAGCCGCUUUGGGACGAAGCCAGGUUCCACCCUUGGCUUCAGACCUGGCCAAACUGGAAGCAGAUGUCACUGCUAAGGAAUAACAGGGACGGCCCUACUGGGUCUGCACUUCUGGUGAUGUUUAAGUCUUCUGGUUUCGUAAUGGAAGAAAUGAUGGAACUGCUGAGUUUGAAGAAUUCAGACAACACUCAGCUUUCAGAUCUGUUUUGGAUGUGCACGUGUUAAUUGUAAUAAACGUACAUAAAGAGACAGGCACAUACCAAGUCAACUUAAAAACAUUUGACUCAGUUACCCUGAUAUUUGGGUUUGGGAGUUUGAUUCAGCAUAAUUCUUCUUCACUCUGCAUGAAUACAUAAAAUCAUAAACUGUUCAUCUCAUGUUUUUAUAUUGAAAACCAAAAUGUGUACAACAUUGAACAAUAUAUUGAAAUAAAUAACUUAAAAACUUA